GGAGGCUGGAGGGGCAACGGGGGCACUGGGCAUGGGGUGUGAAUGGCUGGUGCUGUUUCCCCGGGCAGCUCUGCAGACAUGGAUGUGUUCCAGAAGGUAGAGAAAAUCGGAGAGGGCACCUAUGGGGUGGUGUAUAAGGCCAAGAACAAGGAGACGGGGCAGCUGGUAGCCCUCAAGAAGAUCAGGCUGGAUCUGGAGACUGAGGGGGUCCCAAGCACAGCCAUCAGGGAGAUCUCCCUGCUCAAAGAGCUGAAGCACCCCAACAUCGUCAGGCUGCUGGAUGUGGUGCACAACGAAAAGAAGCUCUACCUGGUGUUCGAGUUCCUCAGUCAGGACCUGAAGAAGUACAUGGACUCCACUCCAGCCUCGGAACUCCCCCUGCACCUCGUCAAGAGCUACCUCUUCCAGCUGCUGCAGGGAGUGAAUUUCUGCCACUCCCACCGAGUCAUCCACCGAGACCUGAAGCCCCAGAAUCUGCUCAUCAAUGAGUUAGGCGCCAUCAAGCUGGCUGACUUUGGAUUGGCUCGAGCCUUCGGGGUGCCCCUACGCACCUAUACCCACGAGGUGGUGACACUGUGGUAUCGGGCCCCUGAGAUCCUCUUGGGCAGCAAGUUCUAUUCGACGGCUGUGGAUGUCUGGAGCAUUGGUUGCAUCUUUGCAGAGAUGGUGACACGCAAAGCCCUGUUUCCUGGUGACUCUGAGAUUGACCAACUCUUUCGUAUCUUUCGCACCCUGGGAACACCGAGUGAAGCCAUGUGGCCCGGAGUCACCCAGCUGCCCGACUACAAGGGCAGCUUCCCCAAGUGGACCCGGAAGGGGCUGGAGGAGAUUGUGCCCAAUCUGGAGCCAGAGGGCAAGGACCUGCUCAUGCAACUCCUGCAGUACGACCCCAGCAGGCGGAUCUCAGCCAAGGCCGCCCUGGCCCACCCGUACUUCUCAUCUCCUGAGCCCUCCCCGGCCGCCCGCCAGAGUGUGCUGGAGCGUUUCUACCGUUAACGUCAAGGCCAAGCUCAUGUCCUCUCUUGAGCAGCUGCUGUCCUGGCUGCCUCCCGCCAUUCGCGCGAGAGAGGACAAAUCUGGGGAGAGUGGAGUUCUGAGGAGCUUGGUGGCAGAGGGCUAAGUUUGGGUUAGUCAUGCCCACAGGUUGGCGAGUUCCUGGGUUGUUUGUUGGGUUUGACGGUGCCGCUUCAAAGUAGGGCACAGCUGCUCGACGGUCGAGGGCAUGUGUUAGAGACUGGUCCCCUGGCACUGGAACUACAGGUGCUAAGUUGGGGGCAGGGGGCCUGCCUGGGCUUUGGGCUAAGUACUUCUGGGGCCCUUCACCCGCCCGUCUGCAGCCACAGUUAGACCCUGAGGGAAGGGUGCCCUCUGCUGGUCUUUUGGAUUGAAAUGUUUUUCUAGUUCACAGUUCCAAGUUAAACAGGAAGGAGAGAGUGAGGAGAGAGGCAGUCUUCCUGAGGUCGGGCUGCGUGUGGCUGGCUGUUCUUCUGUUAAGAUAUGCUUCUGUUGGUUUGCUUCUGGCUUGAGAAACAGGAAAUAAACAUGACACACUCUGGA